GUAAACAUCAGUAAUCCCCUUUUCUUUCGAUUACCAGAAAUCAUUUCACCGACUUUUAUUCACACCAAAACCCUAAUUCUUUCCACAGCAACUAUACACUACGAUUAUAUUGAUUUCCCCCCAAAUAACUAAAUACUGUUUUCCGUAAAGAUCAUAUCUGAAGAUCCGGUCUAAUAAAGGAAGAAUAGCGAUACCCUGCAUGUUGAAUUUCAUUUUUUGAAGCUCUGAAGUUCGUAUUGAAAUAAAAAAAAAUGAGUUCACCGCUUAUGGCCGGACUUGCUGUUGCUGCUGCGGCUCUAGCAGGUAGAUACAGCAUACAGGCAUGGCAAGCAAUCAAGGCAAGACCGCCAACUGCUAGAAUGCGUAAAUUCUACGAAGGAGGUUUUCAGCAAACAAUGACUCGGAGAGAAGCAGCACUUAUACUCGGAGUCAGAGAAAGCACACCUCAGGAUAAGGUAAGGGAAGCACAUAGAAGAGUAAUGGUAGCAAACCAUCCAGAUGCCGGUGGUAGCCAUUACUUAGCUUCCAAGAUUAACGAAGCUAAAGAUAUAAUGAUGGGCAAGAGUAAGAGCAGCGAUUCUGCGUUUUAAUCCGAUCGAGCUUCGACAAAAAGUUUUGACAGCUGGAAUUUACCCUAUUGGGUAAUUAACUAUAUAAAUAUUGUUCUCAAAUUUUGAAGUUUUAUCAAUUUUUCUUGAAUUCCCGUGGGGGUUGUAACAUUAUACGUGGAGCCGUAUUGACCGCAAUUUGAUGGACCUUGUGCUAUUUUUUGCUGUACUCUUUAAUAAUUGCAAUAUAAAUAUAUGAAUGUAGUGUCUUAAUAAAAGGGUCUAUUAGUUAGUUAUCGGUUUA